GCGGGCAGGGCAGAACGGGAGGGAUCCAGGUCGGGCUGUGGGCACCUGCGGCAGGUGUGGAUGGCCCAUCAUCCUGCACACCCCAGGACCACCACCAUGACGCAGCCGCGGAGCCCCCAGCCCCCUGCUCCCUACCCAGAGGAGGUGCCCCGCACCCCGCUGCGCACCCACUUCGACCUGGAUGGUGGCCGAGCCCUGGAGCUGGGCAGGUUUUACCAGCUGGCCCAGCAGCACCGCGAGUUUUACCAGGACAAGACUGGGACGCUUUACCCCGUCCCCUACUUUGUGCUGCCCGUGAAGGAGAAGGAGAGAGACCCGCACCCGCUGGACCUCCCCCCGCUCAGCGGGAAGACGCGGUGGCAUUUGCUGCGCGUGUCACCGGAGAACCUGCGGACCUACCAGACCUUCCCCUCGGGCAAGAGGGUCACCUCCGAGGAGAGGGAGGUCCGCGACAGCUUCUUCGAGUACCGAGCGUGAGCCACAGCACCCAGGCUGCCCUCGGUGGCGAGGUGGUCUCCUGGAUGGGGGAGGCAGAGCCAUAAAAUAAAUGUAAAGCAG